UAAUUAUAAGUCAAUGAGAGGCUCAAUUAUUAUCCCACAAACCCUUUCUAGCUCUCAACAAAAUGACCGACCCGGCAAAGGAGUCCUCUGCAAUUUCCGGCGAGAAAACUCCGGCGGAUUCCGGUCCUCCAAUCAACCCCAAGCGAAAUAACUAUGCUAUUGCUUGUGCAACCAUGGCUUCCAUGGCUUCCGUCCUGCUCGGCUACGAUGUUGGUGUGAUGAGUGGAGCGGUGAUUUUCAUUAAGAAGGAUUUUGGGAUCUCCGACGUGAAGGUGGAGAUUCUUGUUGGGAUUAUAAGUUUGUACUCUAUUUUUGGCGCUGCUGCCGCCGGGAGAAUCUCCGAUUGGAUUGGCCGCCGUUACACCAUGGCUCUCGCCGCCGGAUUCUUCUUUUUCGGAGCUGUUCUAAUGGGUUUCGCCACUAACUACUCGUUUCUCAUGUUUGGCCGAUUCGUCGCCGGCGUUGGAACUGGAUUCGCCGGUUUGAUUGCUUCUGUUUACACUGCUGAGAUUUCUCCGGCGUCCACUCGCGGUUGCCUCACCUCUUUCCCGGAGGUUUUCAUUAAUUUCGGGAUAUUGUUAGGAUACGUUUCCAAUUUGGCCUUCUCCAACCUCCCUACUCACUUGAGCUGGCGAUUCAUGCUCGGAAUCGGCAUAAUCCCCUCCGCUUUUUUAGUAAUAAUCGUCCUAGCAAUGCCCGAAUCGCCACGCUGGCUCGUCAUGCAAGGCAGAAUCCUUGAAGCUAACCGAGUCCUCGACAAAGUCUCAAUCUCCCUCCAAGAAUCGCAACAAAGACUCGCCGACAUCAAAAUCGCCGCCGGAAUUCACCCAAACGUCACAGACGACGUCGUUCCACCGCCCCAGCCACAAAAACUCGUCUGGAGAGAACUCUUCCUCCACCCAACGCCGGCCGUCCGCCACAUCUUAAUCGCCGCCAUCGGACUCCACUUCUUCCAGCAAGCCUCCGGCAUAGACGGCGUCGUUCUUUACAGCCCGAGAAUCUUCGAGAAAGCCGGAAUCACCUCUUCCAGUCAUAUACUACUCGCCACCGUCGCCGUCGGAAUCGUCAAAACGUGCUCCAUCUUAAUCGCCACGUUCCUCAUCGACCGGAUCGGACGGCGGCCGUUGAUCCUCACCAGUGUGGCCGGCAAGGCAGUUUCACUGACAAUGUUAGCGACGAGCCUGACAAUCAUCAACAACUCGCACGAGAAGGUGAAGUGGGCCAUAGUGGUUUGCAUAGCUACGAUUCUGGCUGACGUGGCAUUUUUCUCAAUCGGAUUGGGGCCCAUGGUGUUUGUUUACAGCUCAGAGAUAUUCCCGUUGAGGCUCCGCGCACAAGGGGUGAGCGUGGGUAUAAUCGUAAAUAGGAUUACGAGUGCGGUUGUGACAAUGACGUUUUUGUCCCUGUACCGUGCGAUUACCAUCGGUGGCGCGUUUUUCUUAUACGCCGGGAUUACGGCGGUGGGUUGGCUGUUCUUUUACCUGGUAUUCCCGGAAACGAGAGGUCGUAAUUUGGAGGAUGUUGAGGGGGUUUUUGGUAAUAUUAUGUGCAGGUCGAAGAAAAAUAGGGGUGGAAGUGGAAGGAUGAGCAGUGGAGGUGGGGCAUCCAAUAAUUAGUAUAUGAUAACAUUCUUAUUAAGUUGAUUAAUCCAUAUAUCUUUUCCAAUUAUUAGGUUUAAUUUCUGAAUGCUAUGUACUAGGAAUACCCAACAUGUGUGUUAACGUUAUUGGGACAAAUUAUCUUAAAUAGGAUUUGUUUUUAGUUCCA